AUUAAUAUAUUUAUAUAAUUAACCAUAAAAUUUUGUAAACUAUUGUAAUACUUCAAUAACUAGCUUUAUACUAAUUUUUAAUAGUGGAGAGGUCGUGUCAACGUGCAAAUUAGGGGCUUGUAUAGUAAUAAAAAAAAUCUAAACAACACAGCACCGGUCAGAAAAUUCAAAGUAACGAAUCUCGGCACAGACUAACUAUACACGGUAAGGAUUGUAUUUCACUCAGAAUAAAUUGAUUGUAAUAAGUGGAUCUAGAUAUGUUACCGACUACAUUGGCGUCUAUUCCCGAGGCCAAGGAAGAUUAUCCUGGUUCAUCAAUUACUGAAAGAACUAGUAGAUUACAUACAUUUAGUGAUUUAGGACCAGCCGAUUUAUGUAAUAUUCAUAAAGCUUCAAUUAAUUCAAAAAAGGGUACUGAACUUGGUACAUUUUUAUAUUUCACUGGAAUAGAUACAUCCAAUUCAGCUUCUAUUGCUGCUCAAUUACAAGGAUUAGCUACAUUAAUUUCAUCAAAAUCUCAAUAUUGGUUUGGAGAAAAGAAACAUUGGAAAGUUCCUGAAUUAACAUAUUGUUCAUACAAUGCAUUUUCAAAAGUUGAUAUGAGAGUUACUGUACAUAUUCCUGGUAAAUUUGAAAGUUCAGUAGUUAGUAGUGAUGGAAAAUUAAUUCAUGAUAAAAUAAGUAAUGAUGAUUUAGAAAAAUUAUGGUUAGAAACUUUUAUAACUUCUAUAGUAAGAUCAUUACUUGAUGAUGAAGAAGAUUCAAAUAAAGUAGGUGGAUUAGUUGAAGUACGUAAAAUUAAUCCCUUCAAUAAUGGUCAAUCAUCUAAAUAUGUUUUAAAUUCAUUUUUAGAUGGUUUUGAAAAAUUAUUUUAUGAAGGUCCAAAAUUAGGUUGUGGAAUUGAAAUUCCUCAACCUACAUUAAUUAAUAAUUAUUUGGUAGAUGGAUUUCUUAAGUGUGUUCAAUUUACUCAAUCUUAUGAGAAAGCUUUAGAGAUUUUAACUAGACUUGAAAAAACUGAACCAAGUGUUAUAACAUUAAUAGCUCAAGUACUAUUAUUAAAUGAUCAAGAAAUUGAAGCAGUAAAAUUAAUGAAUCAAGGUAUAACUCGAAAUAAAAGAGAUGCAGAUUUAUUGAUUCUUCAAACUCAAUUCUGUAUAGAUAAGAAAAGAUAUGAUUUAGCCUUAGAAUUAGCAAAACAAGCAGUAAAAUCUUCACCAUCUGAUUUUAAAACUUGGUCAACUUUAGUAAAAGUAUAUACAAAACUUGGAGAUUUUGAAAAUGCCUUAUUAACUUUAAAUUCUUGUCCAAUGAAUUCUCAUAAAGAAAAAUAUGUAUUGAGAAGAGUUGUUAAUUUAAGAGGAGGAAAUGAAGAUUUACAUUUACCAUUCCCAGUUGAUGUUACUUUAGAUGAAGUAUCAAAUUUACAAAGUAUUGAAGUAGCUCAAGAACAAAAAACAUUAGAUCCUCAAUUAUCUAAUUUACCUGCAGCCAAUUUAAAAUCCACAUUUGCUAAAGCUUAUGAAUUACUUACUGAUAUUGUUGCUAAAACAGGUUGGGAAGCUUUAUUAAAAUAUAGAGCUAAAGUCUUUGUUAUGGAAGAAGAAUAUCGUAAAGAUAGAAACAAUAGUACUAUCAGUAAUGGCCAUGCCAGAAAAAAUUCCACUAAUUCUACAUUAAAUGGAGAAACAACUACUGCUACAACUACAGCCACUAGUAAUCCAGAAAUUUCUGCUGCUAAUAGUGAAACUGAUGCAUCUUCAACAGUAGCAGUUAAAUCACCAAAAAAGGAAAUCGUUGAAGGAGAUGAGACUGAAGGAGAUGAUACAUAUGAAGAAGAAUUUAAAAAGAAAAGACUUUGUGAAAGAUGGUUGGAUAACUUAUUUAUGUUAUUAUAUGAAGAUUUGAGAGCAUAUACUAUGUGGCAAGCAGAAUCUGUUCAUUUCCAAGCUCAACAAAUGGAAUAUAAAAAGACUACUUUAGAAUGGGAAAUUUUAGGAUCUAUUGCAUACAGAUUGAAUCAUUUUAAAGAAGGUUCAGUGGCAUUUGGUAAUGCAUUAAGUGGUAGAUUUUCAGCUAAAUCUCAACGAGAAAUGCUUAAAUAUUAUCAAAUGGAAAGAACUAAAAUAUUAAGCAAGAAUUCCACUUCUAAUUCUAGUCAACAGUAUACUCAUAAUUAUAGUAAGAUUGUUAAUCAAUUAAAUGAAAGAAUAUUGGAAAGUGUAAUUAAAUUAUUGGUAUGGAAUCAUAGAUGGUAUAAUGAUUUCUCUCCUACAUUAAUUAAUGCAUUAAGUGAUUUAGUAGCUAAGGAAGGUUUAAUUAAAAUUCAAUCUUUAGUUCAAGCUGUUUAUUCCAAUCAUAUCAGUCCAACUCCUAGUAAUCCAGAUCAUCAAUCUAAUCAUGGUAUAACAGAUAUGAUGGAAGAUCUUUAUUUAUUCUUAAAAGCCUACGAAAUUAAUGGGUCUGACAAUUAAACUAAUCCGUCCUAGAAUUAUUACAAAAUGAUUACUCAAAAAUAAUGAUUAUAGAUUACUUCUCUUUCUCAAAUACCUCUGUUCUAUUAUCUGAGUUUAUUCAUCCUGUUUCUUCUUAAUGUGUUAAUACAAAAUACAUAUAUAUUGUACUGUCGCAGCCAUUUCGUUUCGCAAGUCCCUCACUUUUUUGCAACUCUUCCCCACAAUAUAAAAUUUGUUGUGUGCGUUACCUGUAGACACGCCUUAUUUAGGAAUAAUUAUAUGUCCAUUUUAUCAAUGCUAGGGUUUACAGUAGGU